GAUAAGUUGAAAGCCGCCCAGCACGAUGCGCCAACGGAAGAACACGAGCGUGCGCGCGUCGAUGGACUUCUCUGGUCCACUGAAUGCCGUGUCGGUGUCGCACGCCCAAAAGUUGAUUGCAGUGGGGGGACGAGACGUGCUCAAGAUCGUGGCGCUUGAAACCACUGGGUUUGUGGAAAAGAAGAACCUGCGCUCGUCGAAAUCCAACUUGAAUUUCAGUACCAACGACAUUCGAUGGCAUCCACAGUCUGAUUCGAUGUUGGCCACCGCGGCCACGAAUGGUUUCUUGGUCUUGUGGGACGUCCAGCACAAGGUGCAGAAGCGCGAGGUGAAAGCGCACGAUCGAGCUGUGAAUCGCAUCUGCUGGCAUCCCACUGACCCAAACUCGCUCUUGAGUGCAUCGCAGGACGGGUUGAUCAAGCUCUGGGACCAGCGGCACAAGGGCGUAUGCACCGCCGUGUUCCAGCAGCAAAAGUCGGAAAGCGUUCGAGAUGUCAAGUUCAACCUGUUUGAAGACACGCGAUUUGCAGCUGCGUUUGAGAACGGCUCUGUGGAGAUUUGGGACGUUCGCAACAACAAGCAGCCAGAAACCAAGUUCACUGCCCAUCAAGGGCACAUCCUGUCCAUAGACUGGCAUCCGUCCAAGGCCAGAGUCAUCGCCACGGGCUCCCGCGACCGCAGCGUCAAGAUAUGGGACCUCUCCGACCCAGCCAAACCCGCGACAAGCCAAACGAUAGCUUUGAUUGCCAACGCUGGACGAAUCCAAUGGCGGCCAGAUUGCGAGGAUCACAUUGCCACGAGCUCGUCGAUCACAGACAGCCGCAUUAAUGUGUGGGACAUUCAGCGACCGUUUGUCCCACUGGCGUGUCUGCAAGGCCAUGCCGACAUUGUGUCGGACUUUGAGUGGUUCGACACCCCCCUUGUCCAGUCGUUUGGUGGGGCGACCGACACCAGCUUGGACUACGAUGGAUUCCGGUAUUGGCAACAUGUCGUCGCGUGCUCCAAGGACAAGACUCUCAAGCUGCAUUCCCUCGCGGAGGCUGUGAAACCCCACCAAACGAUGCACGCGGUGGCGCUAGCGAUGAACAUAUCAGGACACGUCGUCUCUUCCCACGACGAGAUUGAUCGUUCGUGCACUUCGCUGCUCAUUCAUCAGCACGAGAGCUCCGUGAACCCAAUCUUUUCGGUCUCCAACAACUCGUUGAACAUGCAGCACCCCCCGCGCAAGGUCAAGUCGGCGGCCAACCUCGCGCCGUCAAUGCCCCGCAUCCCGUCGUUCAAGGCGGCGGCUACCAAGCGCAACGUGUCGUCGGGGUCGCUGCCAAACUCCAAUACCUACGACAUGGUUCACACGCUGUCUCAUCACGACACCACGUCGCAGACAGGGACAAUGGUUCCUCAAGCUAUGAUCAACGCGUCGUCGUUCCACAGCUCGAUGUCGGCCGACCAGAUGAAAGCCAUGCUCGUGCAAAAGGACGCGCAUCCUCCGGCCGCCGCCGCCUUGGACGACCGGCCUCAAUCGUUUGGGUUCAACCAGCAAGUGUUUAGCUUCCUCGCGCAAACGUAUGAGCUGCACGGCCCGUCCUUUCAGGGUAUUUGUGCGCACAACGCUCGAGUGGCGGCGGUCGCAGGGUGUAUGCACCUGAGUAAAACGUGGACGAUUUUGGAAAUGCUGUUUGAAAAGCGAAUCAAUCCCCACAGCCCCAAGGACGUUGCUGUAGACGAUCCGCACCAACGACUGGGCAAUCAGACGUCGACACUUCUCGCCCAGUUGGACGAAGUGAACCCCAUGCAUGGAGUCGAAGCGUAUCCAUAUGAUGAACACAAGGAAGUGGCCGUACCGAGCCCCCAAACGUAUGGCAAAAGUGCAGACGUGUCCCGAAUCCAAGACACGUUGCUAAAGGAAUUGCUCGAGUUUUACUCGGAGGCAGGCGACGUGCAGUCUUGCACGACCAUCUCGGCGGCCAUGAGCUACGUCACCAGCAUCGAAGCACUCAUGGGCAAAGGAUGGCUGCAGCAAGUGUACAUGCAUUACAUUGAUCUGCUGCACCAGUUGCAACUGUAUUCAGUCGCCAACCACAUGGUCAAAAACUGUCCCGACGUUGGGAUCAAGCAAAUGAACAUGUAUACUUGUGCAUAGAAAGCGACGACGAUUUACACGUCGUGUGCGAAAUGCAACAAGACGCUGGACGUGUUGCCGCCCAAGAUUGCCAAGGUGGCCAAGAACGCGCUGUGCACCCAUUGCUUUAACGUGACCAACUGCUCGAUUUGCGAACUGCCCGUGUCGGGGCUGUUCGUGUGGUGCCCAGUGUGCUCCCACGGCGGACACUUGCAGCACAUGCAGGACUGGUUUGCCACCGAGCAAUCGUGUCCCACAGGAUGCGCGCACGUGUGUGCUCCCUAUAUGUUUGUACGAUCGUCCUCGUAAGGCAGUGUAGAUAGAUAGAUGUACAGUACAUCUCCUGCACUAAACCUGUAAAGUCCAAGAAGAGCUGUAAAUGAUAUGGAAUAUUACACCACGUUGC